AUGGGUUGCUGCUUCAGCACCAUCAAUACUCCAAACACCAAUAAAGACCGAAAUGCCCUUAAAUCAGAUUUGACCCAUGAAAACCUAAACCACAGAGCUCCACCAUCACCACCACCUGUUGAAGAAAAAUCGGUAGUGAAAGAGGUUCUAUCUGAAACACCAAUUUCCAAACCCCAAGUUUCAGUUUUGACGAUAGAAACAGAGACCCAACUUCCCAAAAUCCAAUAUUCAAAGUGCCCCAUCUUCAACGAAGCUCAGGAACAAGUCUCUCUGGAAGUGUCUCAGAUUACAGAGACAUGCAGCAUUAGCGAGAGCUUCUUCUCCACCUCGAGAACGCUGCCGGAAAAGAGGGUUCCGGCAAGUCCGCAGUCCGCUUGCCAGAGGGAUUCCGGUCAAGUUCGCCGUCGUCCAGGCGAGAGUACCGGCCGGAGAGCGAGGUCUCCGUCGUCUGUGGGGAGGUUCUGCGACGGAAACAGAAGGAAUCAGGUGAAACCACGGGGAAACGGCGGUCGGAGGUUGGCGCCGGGGAAGGGUGUGGUGAAGGAGAACUGUAGAAAGGAAAACGACGUCGUCACACAUGAAGAAUCACUUGACAACCCACGUGUUUCAUUGGAAUGCUUUAUUUUUCUCUAG